GGGGCCAUGUUCCGGUGCAGCGCCGCCUGCUGUGAGGACGGGAAGGCCUCCAUGCAGCAGGUCCACCAGUGCAUCGAGCGCUGCCACGCUCCUUUGGCGCAGGCGCAGGCCGUGGUCACCCAGGAGCUGGAGAGAUUUCAGGACCGCCUCACCCGCUGUACGAUGCACUGUAACGACAAAGCCAAAGACACCUUUGAUGCAGGAACCAAAGAGCAGCAGGUCAAGCAGCAGCUGGAAACCUGUGUGACAAAGUGUGUGGAUGACCAUAUUCACCUCAUCCCCAGUAUGACUAAGAAGAUGAAAGAGACAUUGGCAGGAAUUGCACAGUAGGAAUUUGUGGCUCAGAGGAGGAACAGGAAAGGACGGCUGGUUUAAAAUUCAGAUGGGUGUCAGGAAGCUUGCUGGAAACUCGAAUUACAGAUCUGGGUACCUCCGUGGUGAUUUCUGGUGGUGUCUUGUGAUGUGCCCCUGACCUGUGUGGUUUAGAAGAUGUUUAAAAGAAAGGCUCCACAUGGUAAAGAUGAGAAAUCCCACCCCCCCAGGUUACAUCCGUGGUGAUUCUAUACAUUGGUGUGUGCGCUGAUAGCGUUCCUCUCCCCAUUUGCCAUGGCUGUUCCUUCCUUUGAGGUGAUGGUGGGGGCAGGAGAAUUUUGAUGGUGCUAUCCCGGCAGCUCUGAAGAUACAUUGUUCAACAAGGUUUCUGCCUCACAAACAGGAGACACAGCUUUAAACGUAUAGAUUUCAUGGAUAUUAGGCAAGACGGGCAAUGUUAUUAUGAGCACAGUAUCAGUUCAGGAACUUCUGACCAAUAAGCAGAAGUUCUUGUGAAUGUGGUGUGUUAAUUCCAACAGGACCGGUCUUUGGGAGUCACAGGAAAAUUGUCCUCCUGUUCCCUUCCUUUCCCCUCCUCUCUCACAUCAAACUGUGAACGGUUUUAUAAGACUUUAAAUAAAAAACAAUUUAAAAAAGUGA